AUGGCGGGGACUCGGCUUUCUUCUGGCUCUGCUCCUGGCUCUGCUCCUGCUUCUGCUCCGUCCCAGCUCUCUUCUGACUCGACUUCGACUUCGACUCCUGCUCAACUCUCCUCUGGCUCUACUCCUGCUUCUCCUGCCGCUCCUGCUCCCGCCCAACUCACUUCUAGCUCCACUCCAGCCGCCGCUCCACCCUCCACCCUGACUCCCGCUCUCCAAACCCUCAUCGCCGCCUCCCGCGCCACCCUCACCGCCCUCCGCACCGCCAUAGCCGUCCAAUCUGCUCUGCUACGUCCCGAUAUAGCAGACGCCUACAUGGACGUUGAGACUCGGCGUCGGGACGGCCGAGUCCGGAACUGGCGCACCAAGAUCCGGAACAAGAAACCGGGCCUAAGCCAGACAGAAGUGGAUCGUCUCGCGGAGAUUGCCGCGGGAGGGCUGCCGAGGAGGGAAGGGGCGUUUUAUGUCCAGGUGCGGGCGGUCGGGGUAGUGAAUGGGGGUUUGCGGUUGUUGGGGAGGGUGUGGUUUGUUGAGGAGGGGGGGGAGAUGGUGGUUUGCAAGGGUGGGGUGGUGGUGGGGACGCCGGAGGUGGCGUUGAGGGGGUUGUUGGGGAUGGUUACGGGGAUGGUGGGGGGGGUGGCAGGUUGA